GUAACUUGUGAAGUGAAAGCUCUUGAAACUAUCACACUUUUGGAAUUUUAUGCUCUCUUUCUUUAGCAACACAAGUGUUUUUCCUGAAAUAGGGGUUCUGUUUAAGAUGGGAAGAAGAGGAGGAGUGUGCAAAACAUGGGAGGAAGACAUUUACUGGACACGCUUUCAAUUCAUCCGUUUCACACAAUUUCUCCGCUCUGAUUUUGAUCAACAACUUGCACUUCCCAAAACAUUUUGUGACAAUAUAAAGAAGGCCUUGCCAGAAAGUGUUACCCUAAAAGAUCCGGGUGGAGUGCUGUGGAAUAUAGAGGUGACAAGUAGAGACGAUACCUUGUACUUGACGCACGGUUGGCAACAAUUCGUGAAAGAACACUCUUUGAAAGAAAAUGAUUUCCUUGUCUUUAAGUACAACGGUGAAUCGUUGUUUGAGGUUUUAAUCUUUGAUGAGAGUUUAUGUGAGAAGGCAGCUUGUUAUUUUGUUCGAAAAUGUCAGCAUGCAGUCAAUACUGAACAAGGGGGAGGAUGUGGUAGCCCGAAAAAGGACUCAGAUAAUUCUGUUGAAGAAGUUAAGACUCCUUCUAAUGCUGUUGAUGAAGGUGUUUCACCCGAGAAAUCUUUGCAUCUUAACAGUAUCCGAGUGCCACUUGAUGUACCUAUUGAAACUACCAAUGGCAAGACUUCUAAUGUUGGUAUUGAAUCAGCUUCGGCCGAGCAAUUCUUGUCUGAUGCAAUCACUGAUACUGAGCCAAAAACUACUCCGUCCAAAACAACUGGUAAACGAAUGAGGAGGCCUGUUUAUGCCGAUACAUCUGUCCCAGGUAAGAAGAGAGGAAGACCACCAAAAACCGAUAAUUCUGUUGAAGUUAACACUCCUAAUGGUGUUGAUGAAGGUGUUUCACCGGAGAAAUCUUUGCAUCUUAACAGUAUCCAAGUACCACUCGCUGUACCUAUCGAAACUACUAAUGGCAAGACUUCUAAUGCUGGUGUUGGAUCAGCUUCCGACGAGCUAUUCAUGUCUGAUGCAGUCACUGAUACUGAACCAAAAACUGUUCCCUCCCAAACAACUGGUAAACGAACGAGGAGGCCUGUUUAUGCUAAUACAUCUGUCCCAAGUAAGAAGAGAGGAAGACCACGAAAAACCGAUAAUUAUUUUGAGGAAGUUAACACUCCUAAUGGUGUUGAUGAAGGUGUUUCACCGGAGAAAUCUUUGCAUCUUAACAGUAUCCAAGUACCACUCACUGUACCUAUUGAAACAACUAAUGGCAAGACUUCUGUUGAAGAAGUUAAGACUCCUUCUAAUGGUGUUGAUGAAGGUGUUUCACCUGAGAAAUCUUUGCAUCCUAACAGUAUCCAAGUGCCACUUGAUGUACCUAUUGAAACUACCAAUGGCAAGAGUUCUAAUGAUGGUGUUGAAUCAGCUUCCGACGAGCUAUUCAUGUCUGAUGCAGUCACUGAUACUGAACCAAAAACUGUUCCCUCCCAAACAACUGGUAAACGGACGAGGAGGCCACCAAAAACUGUAUAUGCCGAUACGUCUGUCCCUAGUAAGAUGAGAGGAAGACCACCAAAAACUGUUUAUGCCAAUACGUCUGUCCCUAGUAAGAAGAGAGGAAGACCACCAAAAACCACUAAAUCUCACGAGAGAGCUCUUAAUUCCGUGUCUGGUCCUGAACUUUCUCCCAAGGUUUCUCCAAAGGCCUCUCCAAAGGUUGGAUCUGGGAGCAAGCAAUUAUAUACUUCAAAUAGAAGGUCUGUCACUAAAAAUGAGAUUGAAAAUACUCUUCAGUUGGCCCAGGCAACAUGUGCCGAAGACACCUUGCUUGUAACUAUGCGACCUACGCACGUAUACAAGAGAUUCUUUGUGUCAUUCCCUAAUAAAUGGAGAAUAAACCAUCUUUCUUCGUCGUCUCAAGAUGUGAUAUUACGCAUGGGUAAGAGGGAAUGGCUUGGGAAAUACCUCUAUCAUAAUAUUCGUAGCAAUGGAGGAAUUACCGGUGGGUGGAAACAUUUUGCUCUCGAAAAUAACCUUGAAGAGUUCGAUGUGUGUUUGUUUAAGCCCGCUGGUCAUAUGGGCAAAACGUUGAUCUUAGAAAUGACCAUUUUUAGAGUUGUAGAGGAGAUUACUCCUCUUACUGCGGUGAACUCUCCGGGAAAGAAGAAGUCUAUUCAGAAAACACCAACCGGGGUGAAUUCUCCAGGAAAGAAGAAGUCAGUUAAGAAAACACCAACUGGGGUGAAUGUGAAUUCUCCGGGAAAGAAGAGGUCAGUUAAGAAAACACCAGCAGGUGCUGUCCAAGCAGAACUAGAGUCCUUUGAACCACUAGAAAAGAAGAGGGGAGUUAACAUAACACCGACUAGUGCAGUCCAAACAGAACUUGACUCCAUUGAAGGUGCGUAGUUGUAUUAUCGGAAGAAAGUUUCUUCGUUAGACUUAUGCAAUAGUAUAUGUUGACAGUUGUGUAGUUGUAUUAUCGGAAGUAUCUUCGUUAGACUUAUGAAAUAGUAUAUGUUGAUGACAGUUGUGUUAGGGCGUGUAAUAUGAAAUGUGUUUGUAUUUUGGAUGUUAUGCUGGAUUGUUUAGCUUGUUCAAUCUUCUGGGUCUACCUAGACUUUUUAAGGCUCAUGUUUGAAUUGAUCUAUGUAUCUUCAUGGAUUGAUCUGUUGUUCAAAGUAUUGAUAGUGUAUUAUUGUCUUUUACAUGAGCAA